CAAAUAUAUAUUGUAUUUAAGUAGUUCAAAUCGAAAGAAAAAACAAAAAUAAACAAAAACAGGAAAACCUGAUUCUUAUGUAUCCAUAAAUGUACACAGAACAGCUCGCAUGUUCGGAGCUAGCAUCGAAAUCGUAAUAUGUAUGUAUUUUAACUCGAAAUUGAAAUAGGAAAAACAAAAAAACUCGCCCACAUUCAAAUAGAGCCUUAAUAAAAUGAAAACAACACUGCGAACGGCGAAUAUUUUGCGUUUUUAUUCAAUUCGCCUCAAAAAUUCAAGUUCAAUUCGCUUUGGCGCCUAAAGUCAAGCGUUAACCAACACAGCGUUGGACCAGCUGGCAGCGCUGCGCCGCUGGACUGUUUUGCAACACUGCUAUCUAACAACAAAACUGCAUUUCAUUGUAAAUUCUAGAAGUUUUGCAUUUCUCUUCAAUUUUUACCAAAAAACGGCAAACUACACAAAUGGAAAGCUGCACCGUUUUACCAACUCAGCAAAUGGAAGCCUGCGGCAAUGCGCCCAAGCAACAACAAAUGCCCCUGCCGGCUGCCGGGGAAGCCUUCAGCUCGCACAUGGCCCAACUGAAUGCGGGCGCUUUGCAGGUCACAUUGCGCGUACUCAAGAUGAACGGCAGCACAAUGCUAUUCCUCAGCGGCAAGGAUGCGGAGCGCCUGGACGAGUUCGCCAUUGCCAUGCCGGCACGUCCGCCCAGCCAGCAAAUAGUGUCCACCACAUUUAUGGGCGAGAGCGGACAGAGCGAUUCCGUGGUGCUGGCCACAAAGUUGAGCAUGCGCUACCGCCGCCAGUUCUAUGUGAGCAUGAACCUGCAGCUGGAUAGCAUGGCCCGCAACCAGUUCGAGAGUGCCUUGGUCAGCUAUAUGCAGAGCAACCUGGAGCUGUUCGUGUGAGGCAGCUGCCGCCAUGUAUUUAUAGUUGUGAUUAAAGCAAAUGUGUAUUGCAUUUAUUUAUAUACCACCAA